AUGCCGCCGGCGCAUGCGCUCUUGCCGGACGCGCUUCGCCGACGCAGCAGCCUCCCGGGCGCGCUGCUCGGGCGAGGGCAUCUGGAUGAGAACUUCGUGAUGAACUACAACAUGCAGAACAUGAACAAGGAGUUACCUGAACUCUUCUCCAUGCUAAAAUCUGCUGAGAUUGAGAUACAGAAAGAACAUCAAGUGUUGAUGGUCAACAAGACCACCAGUUUCAAGAAGCAAGGCAAACCUAAGAAGGGCAACGUCAAGAAGGGCGGCAAGAAAGCUGCCGCGCCUCCUGAGAAGCCUAAGGGUGGCCCUAAACCUGAUACUGAGUGCUAUUACUGCAAUGGGAAGGGGCACUGGAAGCGUAAUUGCCCCAAGUACUUGGCUGAUCUGAAGAGCGGCCUUGUCAAGAAGAAGAAUGGUAUAUCUGAUAUACAUGUUAUAGAUGUCUAUCUUACUGGUUCUCGUACUAGUAAAACUGGACCAAAGGUUGCAUCUUUAUUGACGUGGCAAGGCAUUGUUGCUGGUUUAUCCACCUUCAAAGAGUGGAAGCACUCGUUUGGGCCUACGGCAGGGCAACUUGCUCUUCCAGGAUCAUCGGCGACCAACCCUGUUAAUUUGGAAGGUCUUGUGGCAGCCAAAGCUUACAAGUAA